UAUCGGAGGCGAGGGUUGAGUACUGUAUAUGCUGAUUAUAAGGAGUUAUUUAAUCAUUCUCAUGCCCUCCUUCGCAACCACAUAGAAAGGUCCAUCGGUGUCUUGAAGAAGCGAUUUCCCAUCCUCAAAGUGGGCACCUUUUAUCCCAUAGAGACUCAGGUUUUGAUUCCAUCAGCAGCAGUUUUAUUUCAUAACAUGAUUAGAGGUUUAAAUGGUGAAGAUGGAUGGUUGGAUCAGCACCCAACUAACAUCAAUUCUAGUCAAUUUGUUGAAUUACCAGAGGGAGAUAGCAAUUAUCAGUAUAGUAGUCAGUCCAAUGCUGGAAAUGCUCUUAGAGAUCAAAUUGCUAUGCAGAUGUGGAAUGAUUAUAAUAAUCAUUAGUAUCAUUUUGAUGUAAUAGUCAUUGGCUAAUGUAUACUAUGUAGUCAUGGCUAGAGCUUCGUGGAAUAUGAACUAUGAGAAGAUUCUUGUUGACAUCUUGCACGAGCACAAUCAUGUGAAGUACCGGGGCCAGAAUGGUUGGGCACCAGAAGGUUGGCGUUCUAUGACACAAAUGUUCAAUAAGAAGUGCCUGUUGGCUAAGUUUACAAAGGCACAGAUCCAGGAAAAAGAAAAGGAACUUAAGGCAAACUAUAAGGUGUUGAAGGAAGCCCGCAAGCAAAGUGGUGUUGGAUGGAAUGAGGCCAUGGGUAUGAUCAUUGCGGAGCCACCAAUAUGGGCAAAUAUAAUUGUCAGUAAUCCAAAGGUCAAGAAAUUUCAGUCAAGGCCAUUCCCUUUGUAUAAUCAGUUGUCAGCACUCUAUGAUGGCAGUUGUGCCACCGGUGAUCUCAAUUUUACAUCAACUCAGCAACAUACAUCAUCCCGACAACAAUUACAUAUUCAAGCUGAAGCUGAAGCUGAAGCUAUGAGCUCUUUCAGGAUUGAUGAUGACCUCGGGGUUAACCCUGAGUUGAACCAAAUCUCUUCAAAUUUGCAUGGGUUGGGAUCUUCAAGUACCCGUGUUGAGAUUGGUGGACAUGACCGCACCCUGGCAUCUUCAGAACAGCGAGCGGAGAGUCAUGGAAGGAAGCGUAAGCAAAAUCAGAUUGCUGGGGUUCUUGAGGAAUAUUUGGAUUACAAAAGGCAACAUAAUGAUAAGUUGCUUGAUGUGGUAAAUCAGAUUGAUCAGCAAGCUGAGGGAUGUAACAAGAAGGAAGAAUAUUGUAUUGGAAAGUGUGUUCAUGUGUUAGAGUCGAUGGAAGAGUUAACUGAAGAGGAGAUGGCAGCAGCAAUGGGCGUGUUUAAGUGUGAGGAGAACAGAGAAAUAUUUCUGAACAGCCAGAGGCCAUGUGUUCGAUUGUUGUGGCUUAGGGACGAGAUCGACAAGCAGGUUUACGUGCACGAAGAGCUUGGAAGUAACAAACUGUUGCAAGGAGACAAGGGAUGGAGCUCUCUGCUGCCAAAGGAGGCCUCCGGGAAAAAUCCCGCCGCCCCUGUCCCUGCUCAUUUCCCACGCGCGCGCCGAGCUCCUCCCAUCUCUUUCCCUGCUGAGCUCGGCCCUGCUCGCCAGCGCUCCUCUACUCCAUCCAUGGCGCCGGCGUGA